UUGCAGGCAUCGGUAGGCCCAGUUAAGGGAUAAGUUUUUAAGAGGGAAAUCAAAAGCGAAUAAGAAAGGAAACCCCCCCUCUUGCUAAGAACCCAUUUGGAUAUGUAGAGAUGGUUCUCCAAGGGGAUUCCUACACUCAGCCCUGCCCUAUUUGACCACACACUGACCUAAAUUUCAGGGGGAAAGGACCCUUUUUAAGACAAUGAAGAUGCAGAAACCCUGCAAAUUCUGAACCAAGAGCCCUAAACUUUAAAAAUGGAGAGAGACGGUCAUUCCUGUCCCUUGCCAUGGCUUGAGCAAAGUCUUUUCAUCUUGAGGAUCGAUGGAGCAGGGCGGACCAGCUCUGGAGAAAACCUGGGUCUGGGUCUCACACAAAGCAAUUUUUAUUUCUUUGUUCCGGGGAGAAUUUUAGCCUCUCCGCAAGGAGGAACAUGGAAAAGAGGUGAACACAGAAAAAGGCAUGAACAAAAGAGAACCUUUUCCGGUUUUGUGAUGGUUGACAGGGACACGUACUGUAUCUCCUCCAUCUUCCCUGUCGGUCUUAUGCGCCUUUGCAAAAAUCUGCACUCAAGGCUCCUGUUCUUAUCCAACCAAGAAUAAAAUUCUGUCUGAUUCGUAAGACGCCCUCCCUCCCUUCAGAUUGCACAGAGCCUCAUCCUGGCUGGCUGCUGAGCCACUCACCUAAGGAUGCUACAUCUCAAAGUCCAGUUUUUGGAUGACUCUCAGAAGAUCUUUGUGGUUGAUGCCUGGCUGGAACUUCUCAAGCCCAUCUCGAAGCAGAUUAAAAAUCCUAAGGACAUUCUUUUCAAAUUUAUGGUGAAAUUUUUCCCAGUGGAUCCGGGUCAUCUGAAAGAAGAGUUGACGAGGUACCUGUUCACCCUUCAGAUCAAGAAGGAUCUGGCCGGCGGGAAGCUCCCUUGCAGCAGCAACAGCGCCGCUCUGAUGGUGUCGCAUCUCCUCCAGUCUGCGCUGGGCGAUUUCCACGAAGAAAUGGAUGGAAAGCACUUGGAAACACACAAAUACUUGCUGAACCAAGAGGAUCUGAGGAACAGCAUCAUGUGCUACCAUAAGAAGCACAUGGGCAAAACUCCUGCUGAAUCCGAUGUGCAGGUCCUGGACAUAGCAAGGAAGCUGGAGAUGUACGGCAUCCGCCCCCACCCUGCGAGUGACGGGGAAGGGACCCAGAUCAACUUGGCGGUCACCCACAUGGGAGUCCUGGUGCUGCGGGGCAACACCAAGAUUAAUACCUUCAACUGGUCCAAAAUCCGGAAACUGAGUUUCAAACGGAAGCAUUUCUUGAUCAAGCUCCACGCCAAUGUUUCGGCUCUCUGCAAAGAUACCCUGGAGUUCACCAUGGCGAGUCGUGACACCUGUAAGGCUUUUUGGAAGAUGUGUGUCGAGUAUCAUGCCUUCUUCCGUCUCUCCACUGAGCCAAAGUCAAAACCCAAAGCGUUUCUCUGCAGCAAAGGCUCCAGUUUCCGUUACAGUGGGAGAACUCAGAGGCAGCUGCUGGAACAUGGGACCAAAGGGAAGCAGAAGAGUCUGCCGUUCGAGAGGAAACACUAUUCCUCUCGCUACCAUGACAGGCAAUGCCGGUCAUCCCCGGAUCUGCUAACGGAUGUUUCCAAACAAAUGGAAGACCUGCGGCUUGUCUAUGGCACCAUGGGGGGCUACUAUGGCACAAAUGGCAUCCACACUUCUGAACCCACCCUAGACAACCGACGGAGGAACUCGGCAGUGGAACUCAUCUUUGCCGAUGAACUGGAGCGGUCAAAACCAGAAGCAGACCCAACAUUGUUGCUGCUCCAUUCCCAAAGCAGCUCUGCCUUCCCGGUUGUCUACACGGAGCUGGACCACGAUUGGGAACCAGCCAGCCUCUAUGGGCCAAGAAGCCCCCUGACCUCUUUCCAGCCUAGCUCCACGUUUGAUGGCACCAGCAAGAGCCCCUCUCUGAGCAAUGUGAGAGACUGGAGUCCAAGGCAGCAGCUGAUGUACACUGAUGUCCCCUACAUGGCAGUGUCCAGUCAGCCAUUGGAGGUGGCUUCUCCUCCAGUUUUCUUCUACGUGGACCGGCCACCUCAGUAUCCCAAAAACCGUACCAUGGACCGUGCUGAGGAAAGAGUUCUGGAGGGCAGCACCUGCGAGGCACCCAUGAAGCCACAAAGGAACCCAGGCGCAGCCCACUCCAAGCUGAUGGAGCCCCCAGCCACGGCCCAGGCCACCUACGUGACCCAUCUUAGCAUGGAGGAAGAGGACGACGAGAGCGUCUUUGACUAUGGUGUUCAGGAGGUCCCCAAAAGAUCUUGGAGCCAAUCGGACAUCAAAGCCACCAGAUUCCCUUGUGGCUCAGAGUUCCGCCCUCUUGGGCCUUGCCCUGUCUUGACCAGCAGAAAGAUUGACCUCUUGCAGUGCACGCUCACCCAGCCGCCCUUCCCAGAACCUCCCCAAGUCCAGCGAACUACAGAGCACUAUGUGGGCAGUGGGACCGACUCCAGUGACUCCGAUUCAGACCUCCUCCUGGACUACUAUGCCCUCCAUGGGCGGGUUCUCAAAAGACCCUGGGUGCAAAUUCACCUCUCCUCAGGGAGCCUCCAGCUGGAGGGAGAGGAGGCCCUGGUUUCUGCCACCGUUGACGAUCCUGAGAGGGGUGCCUCCAAUUAUUUUAUGUAGGCAGCAGAACAACGGCACCGGUCAAAAGUUGCCGAUUUGUGACUUGCCUCCUUGUUUGAUCCUUGGCUCAGGUGUUCGGUGGGACACAAUCACACAAUGACCACAGAAGAUUAUAGAACUUAAAUAUUUAUUUGUUUUUUUUUUUUAAACCAUUUGACUUUUUGGGUCCCUUCCUCAAAAGUGUGAAAGAAGCUUAAUCUAUAAACAGAUUUACAGAACUAAGAGACGCUGGGAAGAAGGAGCGCGACGGUUCUGCUCGGAUGAUACGGUUAUUUUGUAAAGCUUCGGAUCAACUGUAUUUACAACUUGUACGGCUUCUACAUUUAUAAAAAUAUUUUAUUUAAUCCGUAACAUUAUUGUUUUCAAAAACUAUGUCCAGACGUUUCCCCUCCCCAGAUAUAAAUUUCUAAUGGUGUUUCAGGUAUAUAGCAAUGAAACAAUUUUUUUAAACAAACAUUUCUUUAAAAUUAAAACAAAGGAGUUAAAAGUUCUUUGUGAUUUUUUUUUUUACAGUGUAGGCACCAUUGAAAAUAAUUGCCCUUGGCAUUUCUAUCCACCAUCUCUUGCCAGUGUCUUUAUAUCUUUUUUUUUUUCCUUAAAAAGAAAAGGUUGUAAUGGCAACUAUUAAUCACAAUGACAACAAAAAAUCACUGCUUGUUUGCACUCUUAUAUAACUCAGUUCAAUAUUUGGCUGAUAUACUUCAAAUUCUUUAAAAUGAAUGUUGUGCAAAACCAAAAAAAAUGUGCAGAUCUGAACUAUAAAAUUAAACAUAUCCAGACUUAUCAAAAAUAAAUUUACACCCACACUUCCACAACUGAAGACUGAAAUACAAUACACUUCAGUAGCAUAAUAUACAUACUGGGUUGAAAAGGAAAAAAGAGAGAACCUCAUCUCAACAGUACCAUAAAUAUAUAAUCGAAAGCAAGUUUAUAAUUUCUUCUACCUUUUCUGGAAAAAAAAUCACUCUGUACUGCACAGUACUAUCUUUUUCGUGAAAGAAUAUCUAUAACUCAAUUAUUUGCAUAUUAACUGGUAAAUAGAUUUUUAAAAAUACACUUUGGGAUGGAGGGGGAAAUUAAACAGUUGUGGAUGCAUGUAAAGGACUUCAAGAACGUAAGUCUAUCAAUAUCUUACAAGGAGAAAAAAUACACACCCCACAAAACGCUGGUGUCACAAUUUCAAUCUGCCAGGGAGGUACUGAUCAGACGCCCCCCAAGACAGAACAGGUUCUCCUUUUUCUCCAAUUUUACUCCAGAAGAAACAACUCGGUUGAAUUAGGCCCAUUAUUGCCAACCCCCAACCCCACCCCAUCCCUUUCAACAAUAUUGCUUCAAAAUUUCUUAUCACGGUGAAAGUGUCUUUUAUAUCGGGGCAUAAGGGGAUCAAGAGAACCGAAACGGUGGCUGCGUCUAUCCGACUGCAGCCCACCCCUUCGUGUGCAAUGCUAUGUUGAAAAAAAAA